UACAGGGGAGGCCAACGGAUCGGCCCCAGGGCAACCGGCUAAGAAUCCUCAGCCACCUUGCGGCUGCAGGAUCUAGGACACGGGUCCGACUUGCAGGCCAUCGGAGACCGAGCCCGGGACAUGGGCCUUCCGGGGGCUGCCGCCCUUUGACCCCGGAAGUGGUUGGGAGAGGAAGCAGCUGGUGAUGCUGGAGCAAAUAUGGCGCCUCCGGCCCUUGUCGGCCCCUCUGGCUCCGGGUAUCCUCAGCCGGCAGUCGGGCUUCGACCGCUCCUGCUGCUGGGGCUGCUGCAGCUGCUGGCCGCGCCCGGACUAGGCCGCGUCCAUCACCUGGCGCUCAAGGAUGAUGUGAGACAUAAGGUUCAUCUGAACACCUUUGGGUUCUUCAAGGAUGGGUACAUGGUGGUCAAUGUCAGUAGGCUUUCAGUGAAUGAGGCUGACGGAUUCAUAGACAAGGACUCAGCUAUUGGAUUCAGCCUAGACCGAACAAAGAAUGAUGGCUUUUCAUCUUACUUGGAUGAAGAUGCGAAUUAUUGUAUUUUAAAGAAACAGUCUACCUCUGAUACCCUCCUAAUCCUAGACAUCUCCAAAAAUGAAGUGAAAAUAAGAUCCCCACCAGAAGCUGGUACCCAGUUACCAAAAAUCUUCAUUUGCAAAGAUGACAAAGUGCUUGAUCAGAGCCAGGAGUCUGGCACUCACUCUGUUUCAGCAGGAAAUCAGACUCAGAAAAAACAAGAUGGUGAAAAGGCUAAAAGAAGCACAGAUGAUUCAAAGGCAAUGAAAGAAAAAUCCUUCUCUGUUCAUAAUAGUGAUGGGGCCGUUUCAUUUCAGGACAGAGAGAAAUUGAGAGGGGAGGAGAAGAUGGAGAGGGGAGAGAAAAAUAGACACCUGCAAACCUGCUUCACUGCUUGUGGAGCGAUCCCCUGGCAGUUUUUCUUUAACAUCAGUACCAAUGACCAGGAAGGCCUCUACAGUCUUUAUUUUCAUAACUGCCUUGGGAAAGAAGUACGGCCCAGUAACCGGUUCUCAUUCAGCCUUGAUAUUGAGAUCAUAGAGAAGAACCCUGACAGCUACCUUUCAGCAGGGGAACUUCCUCUCCCUAAAUUAUACAUCUCCAUGGCCUUUUUCUUUUUCCUUUCCGGGACCAUCUGGAUUCAUAUUCUUCGAAAACGACGGAAUGAUGUAUUUAAAAUUCACUGGUUGAUGGCAGCCCUCCCUUUCACCAAGUCUCUUUCCUUGGUGUUCCAUGCAAUUGACUACCACUAUAUAUCCUCCCAGGGAUUUCCCAUCGAAGGCUGGGCUGUUGUGUACUACAUCACUCACCUUUUGAAAGGUGCACUGCUGUUCAUUACCAUUGCACUUAUUGGCACUGGCUGGGCUUUCAUUAAGCACAUCCUUUCUGAUAAAGACAAAAAGAUCUUCAUGAUUGUAAUCCCUCUCCAGGUCCUAGCAAAUGUUGCCUACAUUAUCAUUGAAUCCACUGAAGAGGGGACAACGGAGUACAGCUUGUGGAAAGACUCUUUAUUUCUGGUUGACCUGUUGUGCUGUGGAGCCAUCCUCUUCCCAGUGGUGUGGUCAAUCAGACAUUUACAAGAAGCAUCAGCAACAGAUGGCAAAGCUGCCAUUAACUUAGCAAAACUGAAGCUUUUCAGACAUUAUUACGUCUUGAUUGUGUGUUAUAUAUACUUCACCAGGAUCAUUGCAUUUCUCCUCAAACUUGCUGUCCCAUUUCAGUGGAAGUGGCUGUACCAGCUCCUGGAUGAAACGGCCACACUGGUAUUCUUUGUUCUCACGGGGUAUAAAUUCCGUCCAGCUUCAGAUAACCCCUACCUGCAACUUUCUCAGGAAGAAGAUGACUUAGAAAUGGAAUCUGUGUGGGGUCCAGAGGCUCGAACCUGAGUCCUUGUGCAUUGUAGUACACUCAACCAGAGUGACAACAUCAGGGGUGAUGGAGAACAUGAAGAAAGUCAAGAAGGUGACCAACGGCUCAGUGGAGCCCCAAGUCGAUUGGGAAGGGACCGCGUGAUGGAGCAGCUUGGAGGAUGGCCCUGUCAAGGAACACAUUUAAUUUAUUAUUAAUAGUCCUACUGGUGACAGAGAGCAGCCGGUACCUCCUGGCAGUGACACCACUGAGCAAAGUGCCACGGAAACCUACUUUUUUACUCUCUUACGGAAACUGGAUCUGCAGCUGGUUCUAGGCAGCUAGACUUCUCCAGGUGGGAGUUGUAGAGCGGGGACGUGGAGAGGAGAAAAAGGAUAAAAGGAAGGUUUUGCUUUUAAUUUAUACUUCUUCAUUUUAACUGGGAACUCUAGGGUAUAUGCAGUUAUGACCCCAGAUGUUGAGCAGCACAAAGGGGGUUGGCAGAUGGGAGAAAGAGGGCAGACGAUUGCAUCUGAAGCUAGUCUUGGGACAGGAUGCGGCUUCCGGGGAGGUGAGCAAUUGUCAAAAGGGGAUGUCAAGACUUGACCGAGAAGCAAGCGAGAGCAUUACUUCAUCUCUUGGGGACAAGAAUGAAUGAAAUCUAGUUCAUUUAAAAAGAUAGUCAAUCAAAUUUAGAAGAUAAGGGCUGCUCACAUGACUCCUUUGCCCCCCGACCUUUAUCCUAGACCCUGAAAGUGACCAGGAACCAACAGUCUUAAAGCCCAGUGGCCUUCUGUCCAAGGCUCUGUCAUCUGAGGGCUUUGACGUCACCAUCAGUGUCACCACACAGCUGAGCUGGGGGAAUUAGUUGUCUUGAUUGAAGCACAUUCUGCAUUGCCUAGCAGAUGGGCAGAAAUGUACGUCUGAGUGCUACAAGCUUUCAGUAGGCCGUCUCCAGCCAUCCGGUGCUCCUGACUGCCUGGGGCAGCACCAUCUCUUGUUUCCCUGUUUUCUUAGGACCAGUGUAUCAUCUUUGUUUGUGGUAAGCCAUCGUAGCAGAAUGAGGAAUGAGAAGGAGUAAGUGGGGGGGGGGGUGCAGAAAGGUAGUGUCUAAGUGAAUACUUACAUCAUCACCAUUAAAAUGCUCUUCCUAUAACCCAGCCAGGAUUUCUAAAGAGGAAACGGAAACAGACCAUGUCGCUCUAUUCUAGGAGUGUUUUUACUCUCAGGGAUUGGGGACAGGGAGCUCUUUCAUACAACCUCUGUGAAGCACCCUUCUUUCUAGACAUUCAGGGCAAGGGGAUAAAACUUUCUCAGGCCCUGUUUCUCAGGUCCGUUUUGCGGCUCAGAGCUCAGUCAUUUAUACAGUGGGCAUCUGAGGUUUGGUGGAUGAUUUCUCCUCAUGAUUCUGUCACCCAGGCCUGAGAGGAGACUGAAACAUGCCCAAGUUUGCAAAGUUUCCUAAUCCUGGGAUGCCAACUGGAUGGGGUGGCUCCCAGUGCCCAAAUGUGUCAGAAGCCCAGCCUGUGCCCCAUCCCUCUGAGCUCAUCAGUGAGCUGUACCUGUUGGGAACAGGUACAGCUCAGGGCCCUGAGGCAGGGGACGGUGAGGGUCUCUGGUCAUGGUUUUAUUCACUCGGGCUCAGAAUGAUCAACCAAGAACCACAAGAUUUGGGGAGACCAAAAGCCUCUUCAGGGAAUAGUUACUUCCCUUCUCGGCCCCGUCCUGUCCUCACUCCCUAAAGAAGCAGUGGAGAAGCAGGUGUCCUUUCUCCUUAUGCACUUUCACAACCCUGUGUGCCCAGACCCUGGCACAUGCCUUCCCAGGCUAUCACCACUGUUCCCUUCCCCGCAGACAUUUUACGGAAGGGUCUCUGGGUCACCACAUCAUCUUCAGGAGCAGAGAAAUAUAUCCAAGCAUUGAUUUAAGGACCCCUCCCCCCUCCCCUGCCAAGUUCACCUGAAGCCAUGUCAGGAGAGGAAAUGUGCAGAGAGAAUGAGAGUAGAUUUUGUUCUGCUGUACAUAGACACAACCCCACCACUUGAGUAGUGUCUCAUGCUGUGGCCAACCCCCACCCCUGCAAGCCCCCCUUGGAGGAACUCAUUUGCUAUUCCCUCACCCCCACCCCUGUAAGCAGAUGUUCUUGGCUAGGCCUUGGGAUUCUUGGCAAGAGCCAACAGUAUGAUGAAAACUCUCCCCUCACCCCCAAUAGGGUCUCCACCGAGGUGUUCUCCUUUCAUGCGCUGGAAGCUGCAUGGGAAAAAAAGUGAGUGAGAAGUGGGUGCACAAAUGUGGGGGCUUUGGGCCACCCCAAACUCCUGUGACCACUCAUCCAAGAACCAGGUGCUCAGCCUUCCUCCUCUGUCCAUACCUGCCCCCAACAAAGCCCACGUGCGCUAGCUCGAACGACACUAAGUGGCUGCAGUGUCACACUCCUGACCCUUCUGGAACAGUGAGUCCUGGGAAGGCUUUGGAAACAAGCUGCCUGCACUUUCCUAACAAGAGGUCUCUUGCCUUUAGCUUCCAUGGAGACUGGCAGGUGGUCUGCUAUCAGUCCAAAUGAUGGAUACAAGUCAAAAUCCUGAUCCAUGAUCAGGAAAAGAGGUGGUGGUUCAGGGAUUUUUUUUUUUUAUUUCUUUAUUGGGGAAUUGUUUUACAUUCAACAGUAAAUACAAUAGUUUGUACAUGCAUAACAUUCCCCAGUUUCCCAUAUAACAAUACAGCCCCCACUAGGUCCUCUGUCAUCCUUCAUGGACCUGUAUUCUCCCCACCCACCCACCCCAGAGUCUUUUACUUUGGUGCGUAGAUACGCCAGUUCCAUUUUAGGUUCUACUUGUGUUUUCUUUUCUGAUCUUGUUUUUAACACAAAAUUAUUUAAGCUCUUCUUCUUCUGUGAAAGUUUCUCCUUAUUCUCCAUCACUCAGUGGCUAUGACAAGUGUUUAGCUGCUCUCUGAAAGGUGGCCGGGAGCGUGUUUCAAAGCCAAGGGGCUUCACUAGUCCCCAGCCUGCAGCCUGGAUUUCCCAGGCCAGGAGUUGAGUGUGAUGCAGUGCUGGAACAGUUAAGCCAUUCGGUGUUUCAGGGCUUGGGCAGGAAGGAUUGGGAAGCACAUCAAAGAGAGAUCGUGGUAUUUAUAGCUUUGCUUUGUGCUGCGCCUUCCUGCCUACGCAAAGUAUCCAUGCUUCCUUUGAGAAAUCUGUAGUGGCAUGGAAGGCUGCUGGCUGCGAGAUUUUAGGAAGUCGAGGAUCUGUUUUCCUUUCACAAAGUGAGUGUUUUGCUAGAAAAUUACUUGGACAAGAACAAUCACUGCUCUCUCAGUCCUGAUUCUUUACCCCCGGCCAAAGUCUCCCUAUUUCUUCUGUGUCAGUUUAUUUUAUCCUGCUGGAUGUUACUGGUGAGUAGAUGGCCCUUCUGUGAGGGAGAAGCUGCUCUAAUUAAAAAGACGCUUUCUCAGAUCCUAGCCUGAGUCAGUCAGGUUUUCUUCCAAAGAAAUAAACCCCUUCUCCCCAGCCCUUCCUCCCCAUUCCCAUAUGUCCCCAUAUGUCCAGCCAGCUCAUCAGACCGUAAGUCCAGCUCCUGUGACUGGCAGAGAUUUCUGCUCCCGCAUUAUGAUCUCAUCAGGACUUCAGCUCUUGUUCCACACCUGCCUUCCUUCCUCCCCACUGCCUCCACCCCUCUGCCCAUGCCUAUUGAUUCCACGCAGGUUGAGUCUGGGAAUCUGGGCCAAAGGCUUUGGUGCAUUGCAGCAUUUGUGUGAAGGAUGGAUUUUCUAAGCUAAGGAGAAGUUACCAGGAGGGCACAUUCUGAUGCCAUCCAUUAUUGUUUUGGUCCAUGAAUGAUACUCUUGUCCUGCCGUAAGAUGUUUUUUUUUUUUUUUUUUUUUUUUUCCUGGUUCUGGUACUUAAGAGCCUGUUCUUACAAGGCUCCACAAGGAGCCAGCCCUCCUAGACCACGAGUGUAAAAGAUGGCUGGCUGCUUUACUGAGAAUGGUGUUUCUGGCCACCUCCCCCCUCCUGAAGCAUUUUCUUCGAAGAAGGUUCUUAGAACAGCAGAGAGUCUGAUGAGGUUGUUGGCCCUGCUCCACACACCCCAUGAACAGCAGGAUAGUUUAUGCUUCAUGCCGCCAAACUGCUUCAGAGGAAGCUGCUCCUAGCCCACCCUCCCCUUCUCAUCCCCUCCCCUCUCCACACCUCCUCCUCUGCUUUGCUUUGCCUUUUUAACAGAUUCAGAAUAUGCUGAGUGCAGGAUGCCCAGGUCUGCCGCUUUGCCCUCCAGGGCCCAGUAAACUCACAGCUUCCCUCAACCUUAGAUUUUUUUUUUUCUUUUUAACUGCAUCCUUCUUGGUGUAUCAAAAAGGUAUUUAUCUGGAACAUGCCAGCUAUUCUGAAAGAACAGCUCCUCUUCUGGAUUUUCAUAUGGUGUUCUGGGCAGGAAAUACUUCUUUCAAAAUGAUCCACCUGACGUGCCGCUAAUACUUGUUACCACGUGGAAUGUCUUUAUAGGUCAGCAAGCAACACACUCCAAACUCACCGCUGGCCUCUUGCCAGGCACUGUCUCUGUGCCUUCCCUGCGUGGCUUAUGCUCAAGAGAUCAUGUCUUUCAGAGGCUCACAGCUGGCCAGGGGGCUCCCAUAAGCACAGUGCAGCAAGGACAGGAGGGGACAAGCAGGAAUUUGGUCGUGUUACACCGGGGACCUUCUAGAAUCUGAUGACAGGAAGGGGGCAGAGUGAGCUAGAAAAGCUAAAUGGAGACUAAAUGGAGACAGCACGGUUAUUCUGAGCCGCAGUUUAAGGCUUGUCAGGAACAGUCCAGUGAGAUGGAGAGCAGAGGGUCAACCCUAUUAGCAUUGAGGAGGAUUUUUUACAGCAGGAUCCACAAAUCUCCUCAGAGGGGUCUUCUUGACAUCUAAAGCAGAGGUAGUUGGUGAUGGGUUGGAUUUGCCUUGCCAUGAGGGAAGCUUCCUUUGGGAUGGUGUGUGCAGGUUUGUAAAUAGCAUUUCUCUCCAGGUGGGCUUGGGACGCAGACAGCGUUUUCAGUAUUUUUAUUUGUUUAUUUUGUUUAACAAUCACUGAAGAGUAUUUAUGUGAACAUGUAAUGGGCAAGGGUUGGAUCAGGGUGGCGUACAGGAUGGUUCCUCUUGCUGUUGAAGCAAACUUGUAAAAUAAAGACUGAUGGGAAAGUU